UGGUAAUAUCAUGUCUUUGGUUUAUGUUCUCUCUCUCUUUCUUCUCUUAGAAGUACCCAAAUCAUGUAUUGCUAAUUACGACUAUUUUAGCUUUCCUCAAACAUGGCCAAAAGGCUAUUGUGAUAAGCAAAUAGCGGAAAAUAAAUCCAUACACUGUCUCGGCAAAAUACCAAAGAAAUUCAUUAUUCAUGGACUAUGGCCACAACCAAGUCAACAAGCACCAAAUGGCAGUCAACUUGCCGAGGAAGAUAUAAAAGCCGUAGAAAAAGAACUUAAGUUGGAUUGGCCAAAUUUAAUUGGGAGAAAUUUUAUGUUUUGGAAAUCCGAGUGGAAGGCGCAUGGAGUAAUUUCUGAGGCGCAGUUUCCAAAACUAGAAUACUUCAAAACGGCGUUGCGUAUUUAUAAGGAAAACAACCUAUUGGAUAUCCUUAACAAGGAAAAAAUUGUCCCAAAAGCGAAAGAAGUUUAUAGUGUGAGUUCCGUUGUUGCUGCAGUACAGAAACACACUGACCAUUAUCCUCAGCUUGCAUGUUAUAAGGAUUCCAAAAAAAAUGUUAGUGUUCUUUAUGAAAUAAGGAUUUGUUUAACGUCUAAUGCAAACUCGUACAGAAAUUGUCCGAAUCCUCAUGGUGCUUGUGGUGAUGGCGAUUUAUUGUUCCCAAAAUGAUGUAUCAAUUUAUG